UAGUGCGUCACCUUGUCCUACAAUGGGGAAGAAUGAUACCUAUUUUUAAAUUAUUCUUAGUAAGUGGAUUAUAAAGCCUAUUAUUGAUUUCAAAAGUUACAGAAAUGGCAUUUUCUGAGUCUGUGGGGACAGCACAGACCCCAGCCCUGUGUCAAUUCUGUGAAGAAUCAUCAGAGAUUAAAUGGAAGUGUAUAAACUGUGAACUAUUUCUAUGCCAACUGUGCUGUUCAAAGAUACAUAGCAAAAUUAAAACAUCUCAAGAACAUGAAAUGAUAAAUUUGAAAGAUUUUAAAGAAAAGGAUUUUGCAACUUCGGUACGUAAAGUCGACCUUGAAAACAUGGGGUGUACAACCCAUGAAAAACAAAAGUGUUUUGUUUUCUGUAAAGAUUGCAGUGAGCCUGCUUGUUCAAAGUGUUUAAUGGAGACUCAUAAACUACAUGAUUAUAAAGCUAUAGAUGAAGUGUAUCAGGAUCUUCUCUCUGAAAUGAAGAAACAAAUAAAACAAAUUGAAAUCUAUAUUGAGCUAUUUAGAUAUAAAAAGGACAAACUUCAAAAGAUGAUUUCAGAUGGGAACAUAUAUUUUCAAGAAGCAAGAGAUGCAAUACUGAAGACUGAAAAAGAAAUGAAAGACUCCAUUGCAAAACAUGCUAAAGACCUCUUACAAGAACUUGAAGCAAAGUGGAAACCAUCUGAAAAUAUGAUAAAUGAAGAAAUCUCUAAUGUUAUAAAAAACGAGAUGGAUAUGGAAAAUAGGAAGGACAAUAUAAACAAAUCACUUCAGUCUCAUAAAGCAGAAGACAUUUUCAAUACAAGUAAAAACUUAGAUAAGCCAUUUCCAAAGUAUUCAGCAAUGCAAAUGAAAUCAAAUGCAACAGCGUUUAUUCCUAGCAACAUACAGGUAAAAUUAGAAAGACCACUAUUGUUUGGUGAACUUUAUACACAUCCAGACAUUGAACUUAUGGAUACUUAUGAAAGUGAACUUGUAGGCGUGAAAAGUUUAGUAUUGGGGCGUGAUCAAAAUACUGCAUUCAUAUCUAGCCCUUCUAGUCAAAAGUUGCAAAAAGUCAGAUUUGAAAAUCAUACUAUCAAAGUAGAGAGAGAAAUUCAGAUGUAUGUGAUUGAUAUGGCAAAGACAAAGGAUGGGGGAAUUCUUAUAGCAGAUGGAUAUAACAAUCUAAAACUAUAUACCAAUGAUGGACAAUUAGAGACAUUUAAGUCCUUUUCUCCUUUGAAAACUUUAAGCGUGCAUGUAACUAAAGACAAUCAGAUUAUAAUAGGGUUAGUGGAGUUUUACCCUGUAACACUACCAUGGCCAAAAGGUAGUACAAGAAGACUUAUAGUUAUGAAUGAGAAUGGUGACAUUCAACACACUAUUGAACAGGAUAAAAACAAUCAAAGAAUAUUAACUUAUCCUCACAGAAUCAGAAGUCUCGAUGAUGAGAUAGUAGUUGUAGAUUUAAUUAACAGUGAAUGGGAGGGGAGGGUUGUAAAGCUAAAUUAUGGGGGACAGGUCCAUUGGACCUAUAAAGGGUGGUACACUUUAACACCCUAUGAUCAGCUGAAAAUUAAGUUUCAUCCUGAAAGUGUGAUAAUAACUUCUAAGGAUAUAAUUUUAGUUUCUGAGUGUUUUAAUAGUUCUAUACAUGUAUUAAAUUCUGCUGGAGAACUUAUUUUAUGGCAGGAAGUUUACAGCUUAGGAGUAGAAUUUCCUUUAAGUCUUGAAAUUGACAAAAAUGACUUUUUGUGGAUUGGGUGUGCUACUUUUACAGACAAAAUAAGGAGGGCUAAGAUAAGCUGUGUUCAAAUAACUUAAUUAAGAAAAUUGUGACAAAGCAAGAUCAUUACAGCCAAUGACCAAACUUUUUAUUUAAUAAGAAUGGCAGGACCAUCCCUUCCUUAUAGAGAUAAAAACUGAGGUAGACCUUAUAUAUAGUGUUAACUAAUUUUCCAAUGAUCAUAGUUAAUUUGUAUGUAUUAUUGAAGAUUAUAUUCA